CUUAUCAAUCGAAUUCGCUUUAGUUUUACUAAAUUGCGAGAAAAAAAAUUAACGGAAAUUAAUUUUGGGGGGCUGAAGCAACGAUUUGAUGGAACCCAGCCUAUUUUUUGUUCUGUUCUGGCGCCUGGCCGUAGAUGUCCUAUAUCCUUACAGCUACAUGGAUCGCUCCCUGGAGGACGCUCUGGCCAACGAACACCUACUGUGGACCCCGAACUCUCGCUUCAUUCGACAGCUGAUGUCGGUGGCGCGUGAUGCCUUUCAAACCAUUCUAAUGAUGGUCAUGAUGAUGGAAAUGUUUCAGGGUUUGGACGCGGCCUUGGAUUUGAAUAUUCCGGCAGCGGUCAAUAGACCAAGACCACGACGACUCUAGGCAGAAAUCGCUGAAGAUCUAAGGGAUUUGGCCGAUUUUACCACCAACUUAAACAAUUUCGUCUUGGGGUAGGACCGCCAUCGUUCACUGAGUCGCUGUCGUCGUCGUCAUUGCUGCCCAUUUAAUCAGUGAAUUUUAUUUAUAAAAAUGUUAUUAAACAAUAUUUGCCUUAGCAAAA